AUGUGUGGCGCCGCUCCCAGCGCUGGUCGCUCCCCCAGCGCCGCGCUGGUGCCGAUCCGCUACCUCUUCGGCAUCGAGGUGCGGGACCCGCCCGCGGGAGAGAGGGGCAUCCUAUACACACACAGGGCCACGGGCUUCAGCUUCCAGCUGGGCCCCGCGGCGGCGCUGGCGCACGAGCGUGGCGCAGCGAGCAGCGGCGAGGGGUCGGCCUGGGAUGGUGAGGUCGAUGAUGACGAUGAAGUUGAUGAGGAUGAGGAGGAGCAGGUGGCAUUCUUGCCAGUGGAGCUGGGGGAUGCUGCCAAGUGCCUGCCAGAAUUCCUCAAGGUGGGGGCCUGA